AUGUCUGACGAUGAUGAUUUCAUGCAAGACUCUGGUGAUGAGGAGUAUGAUUUCGAGUACGAAGACGAUGAUGACGAGCAGAGCGGCGACGUCGACAUUGAAAAUAAAUACUACAAUGCGAAGCAACUAAAGGCCGACGAUCCCGAAGCGGCCAUUGACGAGUUCCUUGGUGUGCCUGCACUCGAACAGGAAAAGUCGGAUUGGGGAUUCAAGGGCUUGAAGCAGGCCAUCAAGCUCGAGUUCAAGCUUGCGCGCUACGACCAGGCUGUAGAACACUACAAGGAGCUGCUUACCUAUGUCAAAUCGGCCGUCACGCGCAACUACUCUGAAAAAUCAAUCAACAACAUGCUCGAUUUUAUAGAGAAGGCUGCAGAAGAUGCAGACGCGUAUCGCUGCAUGGAGAAGUUCUAUGCCCUGACGCUCGACAUCUUUCAGAGUACCAACAACGAGCGGCUAUGGCUAAAGACGAAUAUCAAGCUUGCAAGGCUGUGGCUAGAGAGAAAGGACUACCGCCAAUUAACGGAGAAACUUCGCGAGUUGCACAAAGCUUGCCAGAAGGAAGAUGGAACAGAUGACCCGAGCAAAGGCACAUACUCAUUGGAGGCCUACUCGCUCGAGAUUCUCAUGUAUGCCGAGACCCGGAACAACAAGCGUCUAAAGGCAUUGUAUCAGCGCGCACUCAAGGUCAAAUCGGCGGUUCCACAUCCCAAGAUUAUGGAAAACUGGAAGGGUGCGCAGAGCGACUUCUUCGAGAGCUUCAAAAACUACGACGAGGCCGGCUCUCUCCAGCGUAUCCAAGUAUUGAAGUAUCUAGUACUGGCGACCAUGCUCUCGGGUUCGGAUAUCAAUCCGUUUGACUCGCAGGAGACGAAGCCCUACCAGAACGAUCCUCGCAUCUCAACCAUGACGGAUCUGGUUAACGCCUACCAGCGGGAAGACAUCCAUGAAUAUGAGAAGAUCCUGCAGAACAACAGGGAUCUACUUCAAGAUCCGUUCAUCGCCGAGAACAUUGAUGAAGUUACGCGGAACGUGCGCACCAAGGCGGUCGUCAAGCUAGUCGCACCUUAUACCCGGUUCACGCUGGCGUUCAUCUCGAAACAACUCAAGAUCUCCCUUCCCGAAGUCCAGGAAAUUGUAGGCUUCUUGAUCGUCGACAAGCGGUUACGCGGCAAGAUCAACCAGCAGAAUGGAACGGUGGAGAUCGAGAGUAGUACAGACAUGGAUCGGGUGCUUGCGAUGAAGGAGUGGACGACGGCCAUUGAAUGUCUGUGGAGUACGGUCCUGAACGAAGGCGAGGGCUUCAAGUCGGACGAGAGUGGUUCUCAGUUCACGCCUGGUGGGUCCGGCGGCGUGGGAUGGAGUCAGACGGGCCCUGGGAACAAGCCUGGGAGAGCAAAGGGCAAGGGCCUGUCGGGUCGAAUGGCCGGAAUCGCAGGCAAAGGAUGA